ACACAAGCGCCCCCGACGACCGUCCCGAGCGAUUACUCGGCAACCAUAUCGAACCGUCUGCUGAUAAGGAAUUUAUCUAAUUGCAAUAUUUUACGUUGGUGGCUAGUCCGCUAGUCGCUACUAGUCUACUCUCCCGUCGGUAGUUACUCGUUUGCGUUCGAAGCACAAUAUCUGUCGGUACGUAACUGUGAUCAAGAUACCUACGCGCUUUUAUUUAUACUUGUUCGGGUCCAUGCAUAAUAAUGUAGCGGUGAGUUGGUACAGUUGUAAUCGUUUUAAAACCAUAUUGUUCUGAGACGUCAAAUGAACAACUCGCGGAGUGUGAAGUAAAGGAUUUUGGGUCAAUUCAUUUCCAUUAGUCUGCGUGCGUUAUUGUUUAACCGGUAGGUCAGAUACUGGUUUCUGAAUGUGUUCAUAAACGCUACACUGAAGGUCUCUGAUAUAGACGUUGUGGAUGAAAAAAAAAACAAAACCAAGUAUGUAUGUGGUUUAAUUAGUAAUAAAACAUACUGUGUACACCGCUUUGUUUACUUUGCAAACUUAUUGUUCAACCGACGACGACUGAAUGACACUGUGACGUACCUAGCUGUAUAGUGCACAUAAUAUAUUAUAUGUAUUUUUUUUAAUUACAGUUCACCAAUAGAGUUUAAAAUAAUAUUUGUGAGUGUUCCAAAGGAAACCCAACGAUUUCUCGACAAAGACUGGUAGACCGAUUGAAUAGGAAGAAAUUAUCCAUUGCUGUACAUCACCCGCAAUACAAUGCGAUCGAUUGUACCGUUGGCCAUUUUACUCUCUUCGAUUGAGAUUAAUUUCUGUUUGGCUACUGACCCUCUGGCUAAAGAUUAUGGUGAUCUUGUUUUUACGACUCUGGUAAGUAUUUAAAAAUAUAAAAGACCAACUAUCAACUGUUAAAAUCACCCAAAUAAUUUGUACUUAUUUAGUAAAUUUUUAUUCAAGUCAGUGGUGUAAGCAAUCACCAACAAUUAUAUACCUACCUAUACCUCCAUCUGUUUUUACUACUUCUAGAGAUCCGCUUUCAAUUUAUUUAGUACAAAUAUUACCAAAAAUGAUAUAAAUAAAUAAUUAACCGUAGGUAAAUCUUGAAUAAACACUAUCGAGUAAUAAUAAUAAUUUAAACUGUUUGAAGUCAAUGAAUGAAGAUGACAGUUUUAAUAUGACAGUGUCGUACCAACGCUGAUAGUAUAGUAAAUUAAUAUCAUGAUUGGUCGUGUAACAUAUUUUAAAUUUGCCUAUAUGCCAUUCCCUUAUAUUAUUCUAAAAUUUAAAAAUGUAAUGUAUAAUUUUACAUUAUUAGAAUUUGAUUUUGGCUUAAACUGUUCAUUUAAAAAUACAUCUAGAAUAAUUUAUAACUGAAAGUAUAAGCAACAUUGCAUUGCUUAUAUACACACAUUGGUUCAAGUUUAUACCUACCUACUAAUUUAAAUUUAAGUCUUCUUUUGGCAAAAUGACAUUCUAUGAGUUUUGGCCGCGACCACAAUAUCAUAUCACUUGUCUUUGUCUUGCACUAUAUCUUUACAGUCCUCAAUAUCCAGCCUCCCUAACUCUUCCAAUACUCCAUCCAGCCAUAUUUUAUUGAGUCUGUCUAGUAGCCUUUUCCCUUGAGGUACCUAUAUUUAAAGGCUGCUCUUAUUGGUUCGUUUUCUUUCUGAUGCAUGAUAUUUCCAAGCCAUUGUAUUGACCUUUGACCUUUGAUGAAGUUAGUUAUCGUUCCCGUUUCCAACAUAUUCUGUAGUUCUCUGUUAUAUCUUCUACGCCAUUUACCCGUGUAGACAUCUAAUAUAUCUAAUACAGGUCCACAGAUUUUUCUCCAGGUUUUAUUUUCAAAAAUUCUCAGUUUCCUUUCCGCCGUACAAGUCACAAUCCAGGCCUCACAUCUGUAUGUUAAAGUUUACCUUGUUAUGACUACAUAUAUUCUGAAUUUUGUUCCUCUUGACAAUAUCUUAAAGUUGGAGAAUUUCACUAGAGCUUAAAAUGUUUUUUCAGCUGGGUUCAGCUGAAUAUUUAAAUUUACUUAAUUUACUUAAAUAGUUAAAAUUAUUCAAUACCUAAUAUCCAAUUUAAUUCAAACACUAAUAAUAACAAUAAGCAUUUCUAUUAAAAACGAUUCUUGAGAAUAGCAACAUUAGUGGUAGUUGUGGGAUUAAGCCAAGAUAACAAAAAAAUAAAACCGAUAAAUCAACAUUUGUUGACAGUUUUUUAAAUUGUAUAGAAAAACUUUUGGGAACCUAGAUAUUUGAUAGAUGUUUUAAAUAAAGUACUAUCUCAAAAAAAUGUUUAUCUUUUGAGGUAGGGCAUAAAAUAUCUUAGUAUGUUUACUAAGCUAAAAAGUAUUUUCUUAACUGGUCAUUACUCGCAUGUGAGAAUAUCCUUCACAUAGUUUUUAAGAUGAGAACCACUGGCUUACUUGUAGUUGUAUUUUAUCGAAUUCAUAAGAACUAUUUAAAAAUAUAUUUAUCGAUAAACAGCAACUUCAUUAUUUUGAUAAGGAAAAAUAAUUAUUCGUGAUUAUAUAGUCACAAUGGGUUAAGAGAAAAACCUGCAUUUAUACUUCGCUAUACCCAGAAUUUAAAAUGUAUACAAAUUAUUUUAUAACAAAUAAUUUUUACAUUAAUAUUUAAAGAUAGGUAUAUAUGGUUUAGAAUUAUUAGGUGCCAACUAAGUUAAAUGGUUUAUGGUAAUGAAGUACCUAUCCACUUAGCCAUCAUUGUAUAAUCAUUUAUGUGUUUUAUAUUUUUUCAUAUUUUAAUAAUUAAUAAUUUUUUUAAUUUCAGCUCUUUAGGCAUGGAGACCGAGCAAUUACUGGACAGUCUUAUCCUAAAGAUCCAUAUAAAAAUGAAUCUUACUGGCCUAUGGGAUAUGGACAACUGACAAAUGUAAGUGCUUUGUCUUUUUAAUUAUAAAUUAUUCACUUCAUACUAGCAUAGUUCUGGAGAUUAAAAUUAGAUAAAGUAAAUAAAUAUAAAAAUAAGAAAUGUAAAUAUAUUCAUUUUAUAUUUACUAUAUUGUUUUACUUUAUUUAUUUAAAUAUUUGAACAAUUUUGUUUUUGUUUUAUUAUUUUAUUAUUAAAAUUGAGUAAUAAAUUUACCUAAUAUUUCUUUGUUCAUAGAUAUUUGACCUUGUAUAAUAUGUAUAGGUACAUUUAAUAGUGUAUUUUCUAUUUAGCAAGGAAAAGAGAGACAUUAUGAAUUUGGACAGUGGAUAAGAAAUAGAUAUACAAAUUUUUUGCCAGAAAAUUAUUCAUCCAAAGAUAUAUACAUACGUAGUACUAGUGUUGAUCGUGCCAUAAUGAGUGCUGCUGUAAAUUUAGCUGGUAUGUAUCAACCAUACAAAGAUCAACAAUGGAAUGAUAAUUUAGGAAAAUUAUGGCAACCAAUUCCAAUACAUUCAAUUCCACGUAAUGUAGAUACGGUAAAUUUUGAUGUAUUCUUAUUAAUAUGGAACUAUUUUUAUUUUGCUUUUAUUUAAAUUCUCUUUUAUAAAAAUAUUUAAAUAAAAUAGGUUAUUGAUUAAAAUAAUAAUACACAUUUUUAGGCAUUGUCUUUUGGAGAUAACUGUCCCAGGUUCAAAAAAGAAUUUAAUAAUCUUCAAAAUAAUCCAGACAUUCAACAGUUUAAUAAUAAUCAUAAAGAUGUCUACAAUUAUAUUAAAGAGAACAGUGGCAUGAAUCUUACUGAUUUAAUUUAUGAUUCUAUGAAUCUAUAUGACACAUUGUUAGUAGAAGUAAGUAUUUAAAAAAAUAAUUUUAAUUAACAUAUGUUUCUCUAGAAUUUUACUUGUUUUAAUAAUAGGUAUAAUCAGGGUUCAGGACUUAUAGUAUUUGUUAAAUUGUUUGCCUUGAUAUUAAAUAUAGUAAAUUGUUAUCAUGUUAAUCUAGUUCUAAUAUGAAAUUAAAGUGUUAUUUUUAUUUUUUUUAUUUAAAUAGUUCUAAUUAGUUUUAUUUAAAUAAAUACUUCUAAUUAGUUGUUUUUAUUUCAGAACUAUAAUGAAAUUUUUAAACAAUUUUUUGUUGAUUUAAGUGAACCCUGGUUAUAAUUUAGAAUCUUUUGAGUUCUCGAAUAAUUUUCUUUAAAAACAACUUAUUUUAAUUAUUAAUUAAUUAUUUAUAUGUUCAUGUUUAUAGUCGCAAUUCAAUUACACAUUACCCAAUUGGACACAUGCAGUCUUCCCAGGCAAAUUAGAAGAGAUAGCUGAAAUGUCAUUUAAAUUGCCUACAUAUACUCCAAUACUGAAAAAACUUAGUAGUGGUUUGUGAUAAUAUAAUGAAAAAUUAAUAAUUGAUAUUAAUAUAUAACCAUAUAGCCUUUAGGUUUUAAUAGUUUUUAUGUUAUAUUCUGUAAAAUGACAAUUUUCAAUUUUUUUUUUAAAUUAUUGUAAAGUUUUACAUUUUUAUUUUAAGUUCCCACGCUUAAAAAAAAUAUUUAUAUUUACUUAUUAUUAAUUGUAGCGCAGAGAGAGGCAUUCUAAUCAUUUAAAAAAAUAUAUGUAUAAGUAUAAAAAAUUUCAAAAUAUCGAAUAGAAUGAAAGUUUUUUUAAGUGUCUGAUCACACUAGGGUGCCACUUAAAUUUUUUUUUUUUAAAUUUCUUACCUUACUUUAAGAUUUUAUUCACCAUAAAAACUAUUUUGACGAAGUUUUAGAAUUUCGAGUUAAGUUUUUCUGACCGCUCAAUGCAUCUUAAAAUAUAUAAAUAGUAAUAAAUACAUAAAUAUUGAAAAUUAAUAAUUUAUUAUUUUCCGUCAACUUUUUGCAUAAAUGUGAACAUUUUUAAUAAAUUUGCAUUAUGUAAAAUGUUAUAUAGUUAUAUAAUUAAUAAUAUAAACAAAAAAAUAUUAGGUAUUCAGAGAUUUUGAAGUGUUUAUUUGCUUGGAUCAGGAUACUGUUGACGAUGUUUUUCAACGACUUGCAGUAAAAACUGUUUUUGCUUCUCUUGAUUGGUCAAAACUGAAUUAAAAAAUGAAAUUAAAGACACUCUUCGCUCUGUUAUGUCAUUCACAACUUUUAAAGAUUCCACUGUUUUCUUUCCACUUAGAUAUUCUUUAUUAGUUUCCCAUGUGCUUGGAUCAGUCCGUAAAAAGUUUGUUUCAAUAUUCAAUGCUUCAAAUAANUUGAUAAAGCUGAUAUCAUGCUCAAUUUAUUUGCAUAUGAAACAUUGUUAUCAAAGAAUGAUAGACCUACUAAUGUGGAGCUCAAGUACCAUAAAUGACGAGAAAAACAUUCUAAAAAUUGCCUACAUAUACUCCAAUACUGAAAAAACUUAGUAGUGGUUUGUGAUAAUAUAAUGAAAAAUUAAUAAUCGAUAUUAAUAUAUAACCAUAUAGCCUUUAGGUUUUAAUAGUUUUUAUGUUAUGGGUAUCACAAGUAAAUUUUAGUCCUUUCUCAUUAAUUAUCUUGUAACUUAUUACUUAAUAAGUGUAAAAUGUAUGUAUAUACUAAAUAUAUUCAUUCAAUUAAGUUUUUCAAUCACAUUUUUCUGUCAAAUAAAAUUAAUUAUUUAAUUUAAUUAAUAAGAAGAAAUAAAUAGGUUGUUCAUUGUCUGAAUAAGCUUAUUUUUCAAAUAUAGUUACAAUAAGGUUAUCUGUUACUUUUUAUAUCAAACAACUUAUUCAACAGAUGUCACAGUUGAUGAUGUAAAUAUUGAUUAUUUCUCCUGAUAAUCAUGUAUCAUUUUUAUUACAAAAAUAUUGUGUUGUGUCACUGUGUUGAUAAUUUUGGAUUACUGUUCAUUUGAAGACAAUGAUGACUAUAAUAUAAUUCAGUUGUGCAUUCAGUAAUGUGUUUAUUCUCCUUACACAAAUCUCAAUCAUAUAGACUAGGUAACCUGUCAAUUAAUAUUUGCAAAAUUUGAUAUACAGUUUUUUCUGAGUCACUUGAAACCAAAAACUGUACAUGGAUCUUUAAAGGGACCACCUGUUUUAAAUAUAUCACUUUUAUCUUUAGUUUAUAACAUAUUUAUAUUUUGAACACAUAUUUUAAAUUAUAUUUAUAUUGUUAUAUUUAUUUGCACAAACCUUAGUGUGUAGUAGCAUGUAGUACAGAAUAUUGUAAAAUGUAAACAAAAAGGUAUAGAAUAGGUAUCACAAUGACACAACACAAAUCACAAUUCACAAUAAUCAUCAGGCGGUUCCUUAUACAUUUUAUAAUAGAUCAGUGUAAAUUGUACCAUAAUGUAAAAUUACUAUCAAUUAAAUAUUAGUAUACAUUUUCUCCAUAGCAUUUUAUUUUGAAUUAUAUUCGCCAAAUAAGUUUUACUUAUCUGGCUAUCGUAUAUGUGACAAUCAACUGCAAUAUUAAAAACCAAUCAAGCUUAAAUAAAAUUAAUACUAUUUUUAUUUUUAAGGUGUCUUACUUAAUGAAAUUGUUGAACAUAUGAAACUCAAACGAACUGGUAAACUAAACCCUGAUAUUAAAUUAUGGAUAUAUUCUGCACAUGAUACAAAUGUAGCAAGUUUAUUAAAUUCCUUAAAUAUCUAUAAUAACAAAUUACCACCUUAUGCAGCUGCAGUGUUUUUAGAACUAAGGAAAAAUAAAAAUGUCAAUAACUCUUUUGUUAUUACUGUAUGUUUAUUUUUUAAUUUUUUAAUGGAAGUUAUUGGAAAAUUGACUAACUAUUAAAUUUGUACAGGUGUCUUACAGAAAUACUAGCACUCAUGAACCUUUUUUACUUCAAAUUCCUGGAUGUAAUUCUGUAGCAUGUGAUUUGGAUCAAUUUAUUGAAGUUGUAAAACCACUCAUUGUCACAAAUUGGUACAAAGAAUGCCAUACUAUGGAAGAAAAUAAUUAUAUGACAUAUUUUGGUAAACUAGUGUAUAUGAAUUAUUAUUUUAUGAUUUUAAAUCGUAAUUUAAUUUUUAAAGUAGCUAAAAUUAUUAUAUAUUUUUAAUUUUAGUGUUUUUGUUUUAGGAAUUUUAGCCAUAUUAUUGGUCGCUGUUUCUAUAUUAUUUUUCAUAUUCAAUAAAAAAUUAUUCCUUUGUUACUGUGGUAGAAAUUAUGAAAAAUGUAUGUAUAAAAUUAUCAUAGAUGACAUUUAUUAAUUAAGUGUAUAUUUAAAAAUGCUUUACUUCAUUUUUUUUUUUUUUUUUUUUUUUUUUUUUUUGUUUGUUUGAAGUAUUUAGUAUUAUUAUUAUUAGUAUAUCAGUAUUAUUUUAUUUUAUAUUUUUUUAUUUUUAUAACUAUUUAUUCUUUGCACCUAAAAUAAUUGAGACAUAUUUAUACUAUUGAAUUUAAAUAGUUAAUGAGAAUUCAAGGAAAUGUGUUUCAAGAAUUCUUAGUGUGUUGUAACUUAAUUUUAUAAAAACUAAUAAUUAUUCCAAUGUAUGAAAUUUUAAUGCUAUAACUGUCCUCUAAGGAAUAAAAUAAAAAUAAAAUCUUAUAAUUUUUUCUUAUCUUUUUUUGACUGUUUACAAUUUUAGAAAAUUUGGAAAGUACCUCCUCUUAGUAUAUAGCUAUAAAAUACCUGUUGACUAGGAAAUUAUUUCCAUUAUAACCAUUCUAUGAUUUGAGUAUUAUUAUAAAUACAAAUCAAUUAAUGAAUAGGAAUUAAAUUUAACUCUCUAAACAAAAAAUGUAAGUAUGCUAUAAAACUGUUUAAAUUUUGAGAAAUAUAAUUCUCAUGUCAGUCAACUUGUUAGGCAUGUUUAUAAAAUGUAAAGAACAGAAUUGCAUAAUGAAUUAUUAUUUGCAUACACUUAUUCUAUACUUAUUGAUGGUCUAUAUUUUUAUUAUUGAAUUAACAGAAAUUUUAAAUUCUUAAUUAUACAUAAUUCAUUACUUAGGGGUCAUUAAUUGAAUUACUAAACCAAGCUGUUUGUUCGAAACUUAAAUAUACAACUCAUUAACCAAAAAAAAAAUUACUUGAGUUUAGGUUACAUAUUGAAAUUUAUGAUUGAUAUAUUUUACACUAUACCUUGUUUAAAAAAAAAAAAAAAAAAAUUAUUAAUUAUUUUUAUGAAUAAAUAGUUGUUAAUUAUAAACUUUAUUGUUUAUAACCUUUUUAUUUUUUUAUUUCAGUUUAAUUGGCCUGGCAUGACAAUUAUUUAUGUAUUUAAUGUUUAUUGAAGAAAAUAUGUGUGGUUUUAAUAUUUUAGUAUAUUCAGCAUGCAAAAUAAAUAUAUUUUUAUGUUAGGAUAAUUAUGUUAGUUUAGUUCUUGUGUUAUACCAAAAAAGUUUAUUAGAAUUAUUUAUUUUAGUUAUUAUUAUUAUUGUGUUACCAAUUAUUAGAAUGUGAUAUUAGUUAUUUUAUUCAAAUUUAAAUUUAUAUAUAUAUAUAAUUAUGUACUCUAUGCAAGACUAUGAUUUACUAGUUGAGAUGAAAAAUAGUGAAAAUUGAUAAAAAUUUAAAUAUACCUACUUACAAAUAUUUUAAUAUCAUACAUAUUUCUAUAAUAUAUAUGCAAUUUAUAGUUUGUUAUUAUUGGCAAAGUCAUCUAAUUAUUUUUGUAAUAAUCAAACAAAUAAUUAUAAUUUUUUUUUAUAUUUCAAUGGAUUAAUGUAUAGGUGCCAAUUAUUUUUAUAAUUAACUGAUAAUUUUUGUAUUCUACAUUUUUAUAAUUUUUAAGAAAAUGUGAAAUUUGAAUAAAAAUGCGAUUCAAAGUAAAGAGCAUAUUACAAUCUGAAUUUUAUAAUACUGAAAAAGAAUUGCCUAUUUUUUUACUAUUAUUCAAUAUUUUGAAAAUCAUAGACUUGAAAACUAAUACAUUUUUUUUGUUUUGAAAAUAUUACUUGAUGUAGCCUAGAAUACCAAACUUAUAAUAUUUAUAAAGUAGACAUUUAAAAAAAAAAAAAUGCCCAACGUCUUUAACCUACACAUUUACUUUUAUUGCAUUGUAUUGUUUAUUACUAGGGCUGACAAUUAUAUGCCCUAAAAAUUAUCAAAAUAUGCUCUUAAAAUGAUUACUUAUAAUAUAUUAUACUGCAAAUGAUUUAUAAAAGAAUGGUACAAUUGAAAACAAGAAUGUUUUAUUUUUUUUGUUAAUAAUGAAAACAAUACAUUACAUUAAAUGAUAAAAAUUUUAAUUCAUACAUAAUAUUAUUGCAUUGAAUAAUUAAUGAUUUGGAUAAAUUUUCAAACAACAAUGAAUUGUUAUAUACUUAUAUAGAUAGGUUAGGUUAGGUCGCUUGUCUGAGAUAACUGAAAUCACCUGAGAUACCUUCUAAUGUAAAGAAUAUUUCAUAGGAUAAUAUCUUUGAAAAUUUUAUUAAAAAUAGAGAAUACUAUACUUUAUUUUGACUGAUAUAAAUAAUAGUUAAUUAUAUGUAUUUCAACCUCUUCCCCCCACUAUUUUUCAGAACAUUUAGCUACUUUCUCUAGAUUUAAUCUCUAAAGUCUCUACACUUUGAUCUCAAAUUCAAGAAUUAGUUUUUUUCUGUAGGAGAAUGGAAUAAAAUGUUAGUUGAACUUUCAUAUGAACUUUAAGUUGUUGUAGGAGAAGUGUGGUGCUUUUGGUUUCAUACAGCUCAACAUUUCCCCUAUCAGGCCAGGGGUAUGAUGCUAUUUUUAAUAUGCAUAAUGCAAAUAUCAAUGUUUUGCAUUAAAUAGAUUUUGUUGUCAAGGAUGUGUCUUUAGAAGGUUUUAACUUUCAAUCUCACUGUCUGUUUGUAUUUUACCAAAAACCUCAAGAACUGUAUUAACUAUUUUGACAAAAAUGUUUAAUUUAAUUUCUUAUUAUUAUGGAAAAAAAAAAACAGAAUAUUGUAACAAGUCAACUAAGAGGUUAGGUAGGUACUCAACAUUUGUGUGGAGCUCUACUACUUUUUUUUAAAACCACUUAACAUUUGUAUUUUUGGUAUUUAUCUCAAUGCCAUUCGGGAGCAGUUCAUAUUUUCAAAUGAAGAGUGUUAGAAAAGUUAUUUGUUCCAAUAGCAAUGUAAUAGAAAAUUUAUUUGUCUUAAUAGAUAUGAAUGAAAUAAUCUAUUUUAUAUAAUACAGUGUUUUUUUUCUUUUAUCAUGAAUCAACAAUUUUGUUAGAGGAUUUUAAGUGAAUUUGUUUUUUUUAAAUCAUUUUUUAAUUUUUACUCCCACUCCAUGCACCUUAAAUAAUUAUAUACUUUAAUUUUCAAAUACGAAUCCUCCUUUUUAAACACAGAUUGUAGUGGGGAAUAUUUUUCUACAAAAUAUGGGGGUUCCUAUUUGAAAAACAAAAGUAUCUAUAAACUUAUUUAAGGUAUAUGGAGUGGGGGUAUAAAUUAAAAAUUGUUUUAAAAUAAAGCUUAAUGAUUAAAAAAACAAAUUCAUUUGAAAUCCUCCAAGAAAAUUGUUGAUUUAUAAUAAAAAAACCAUGCU